ACUGAGUCAACGCAUUUUCCAGAUUCAAGAAGGGUAGGGCGCAGGGCGGCUGGCCCCCGCAAGACCAGAAAGAUUCAAGUCAGCUACUUCCUUAGCUGAACCGCUCAGCUAUCGCAGUCAGUUGAUGUCUUCAGAUGAGUUUUAAGAUUUUAAGGUGCAUUUAGUUGGUUCGACGCUAAUUCGCCGUUGGUCGUCCAAAAAAUUACAACCCGACAAAAUGUCAGAGGUGGCCGACACUCGCCGGUUGAAUUCUAAGCCCCAGGACCUGACUGAUGCUUACGGCCCCCCCAGCAAUUUUCUGGAAAUAGACGUUUAUGAUCCACAAAUCGUUGGUGUUGGACGGAACCGUUACACAACUUACGAAGUUCGUAUGCGGACAAACCUUCCCAUCUUCAAACUGAAGGAUUCCUGUGUGAGAAGAAGAUACAGUGACUUUGAAUGGUUAAAGAAUGAGCUGGAAAGAGACAGUAAGAUUGUAGUACCAUCUCUGCCAGGCAAAGCCCUGAAGAGACAGCUGCCAUUCCGUGGAGAUGAGGGACUUUUUGAAGAGUCUUUCAUUGAGGAGCGGCGACUGGGCCUGGAGCAGUUCAUCAACAGAAUUGCAGGUCACCCCCUGGCCCAGAACGAGCGCUGUCUUCAUAUGUUUCUGCAAGAGGAAAGCAUUGACCGUAACUACAUUCCUGGAAAAGUAUGAAUGAAAAAGUACAGACUGCUGCACCUGCCCCGUGUACAUUUAUUUCUACAUCAUGUCAUUUGAAAAGCUGGUGGAAAUGUCAGAACUGAUCAAGUAUCAACGGUGUAGGAAAAACACAACUAUUGCUCCUGGACAAAAUAAGAGAUCCUAUUGAUGAAUUGUUCACUGUUGUGUCUUUAUUCAGUCAUUCCACAAACUGUAUGUACAUUAUUUUGAUUUAGUAAUCCGCAGAAAAGAAAAUAUGUUCCAUUUAUCUUUCUUUCCAUGUUGUCAUAGCUAGAUUUUGUAUUAUUUUACAAUGAUUCUGUUUUCAGAAUGUCUUUUUCAUUGAUUUGAUGAACUUCAAAAUGAGAGUAAUAUCCUGCUUUGAUUAGUUUUCUUUUGCUAGCAGAGAUGUGAUUUUGAUGAUAAUUUCCCAAAGUCAAGCAACAUGUAGCAUCAUGAAAAACUACAGCGAUGUGUCAUUCCACCCAAAUUAUUUCCCCCCCUUAGUUUUAUGUCCUGGGCAUGCUGUCAGAUGGGAUUGAUUCCUGAUUAAUUGUUUUAACUCUGCUGUCUUACUUGCAUCAUCGUGCCCUCACGUUGGCUUUGUGUUGUCAAAUCAGCUUUUGGGAAUGUUAAGUUUAGGUAAAUAACCAUAUCUAAGCACUGUGACAAGAGGUUCAUUAUAUGAACAAUGUUUCAUCAAUUAAAGGCGUAAUCAGCAUCUGGUUUAUUGAUCUGAAAUAUGGCGCUUAUUUUCAGCUGUUCUAAUUCUUUCUGUCAAUAUUAUUGUGAAGUGUAAUAAUACAUGUUAUCAUUGCAGUUACACUAUGGGUGACAAGGAACUUCCUUGUUAAUUCUGUCCACCAAUUAAAUUUCCUGCUGCCUGCUG